AUGAGCCAAAAGACAGUCCUGAUCACGGGCUGUACACCCGGAGGCAUUGGUCACGAACUGUGCGAAGCAUUUCGUGCUCGAGGCCUGCAUGUAAUCGCAACUGCCCGGAACCCCUCAGUCCUGGCAGAUCUCAACGACAAGCCCGGCUACACUUGUCUGCCACUCGAUGUAACCAGCCAGAGUAGCAUCGACCAGUGCAAGGAUGAAGUUGCCAAGUUGACGGGAGGGAAGCUCGACAUCCUCGUCAACAAUGCCGGCAGGACGCAUACGGUACCGGCCACGGACCUAGACAUCGACGACGUCCGCGCCACCUUCGAGGCCAACGUCUUCGGCGUCAUGGCCAUGGUCAAGGCGUUCGCACACCUACUGAUCCCAACCAAGGGACUCAUUAUCAACUUCUCCUCGGUCGCCUCCAUCUCACCAUACCCAUUCGGAUCCGCCUAUUGCGCCAGCAAGGGUGCCGUCAACAGCUACUCGCGCACCAUGCGCCAGGAGCUGCGGCCUUUCGGUGUCAGGGUCAUGGUCGCACUGCCAGGCACAGUCAAUACAAACAUCACAGUACAGACGGACCGGCAGCUGCCACCCGACAGCCUCUACAAGUCCGUUGAAGACGUGUACAAGUGGCGGCUUACCUUCAGCAAGCGGUCCCCGGGCUCCAUUCCGCCGGCAAGCUAUGCGAGGAAGCUAGUGGCCGAUACGCUGAAGCCAGAGGCGCCCGUGAUCCUGCGCGGGCUGCUAGGGGCUCUUGGGCUCUGCAGGCCGGACUGGCAUUACUAUGGCGGUAUGGCCAGGCCCGCGUGGCUGGGGACGUACGUUGGGGAGUGGCUGAUGGACACCGUGGUCUACCGCAUGUUCAAACUGCCACUUCUGGAGGUGCUGUUGAGGCAAAAGGAGGCUCAGGCUAAGAAACUUAAGUAG